AAUAUCGUAGUUUUCUAGUCAAAUGCUUCAAGCUAAGCGAAACUUUAGUUAACAUCAGAAAGAAAUGCAGUGAAUUUAUUUUCAAGUGCUUUCUAUAUUAUUUGACAUCAUGGGCAGCUGCAAAAUUACUGAAGUCAAAAAUAUCAAUGGUGAAUUACCAAAACUACCAAUAGAGAAUGAUGGUCCGGCCGAUUUUCAAACAGCGAUAGCGGCAACAAAGUUCGGAAAAUUUAAUAUAUUCCUAUUAUUGGUCGCUAUACCUUCAGCUUUAUCAAUUAACUGCGAAACAGGAAUAAUAUCUUUCAUCAUUCCGGCGGCAGCAUGCGAUUUGGAACUAACGUCAAGUCAGAAAGGAUUGCUUAACUCUAUGUCUUUUGUAGGAAUGGUACUCUCAGGAUUUUUCUGGGGUUUCUUAUUGGAUACGUUGGGAAGGAAAAAAAUGAUAUUUUUAGGUCUCUCGGCGCACUGGAUGGUAAUGUUAGCAAAAAGUUUCAGCUGGCGAAUCGACAUGCUAUGCUUGUUCCAAUUUUUCGGAGGAGCACUAGCUGGUGGAGUAUACGUAGCAGUAAACACCUACCUCCACGAAUUCCACUCAACUGAAUACAGAGGAAGACUCCAAAUGGCAUAUGGAGCCAUGUUCGGUACAGCAAACAUAAUUAUACCACUGAUAUCUGGAAGUAUUAUGGCUUUGGACAUUAACAUCAAUUUAGGGUUAAUAGAGUAUUAUUCCUGGAAUUUAUUAUUUUUAAUAAGCGGGAUACCACCUGCUUUAGCUGCACUCGGUUUCUACUUCUUGCCUGAAACCCCGAAAUUCUUAAUGAGCUGUGGUGACAGCGAAAGUGCUUUAAAGGUAUUUAGGCAGGUUUAUAGAAUAAACACGGGACAAAGUGAAGAAUUUUAUCCGAUUAAAGAACUAAUACAUGAAGUGACCGAAAAAGAGCAACCCAGCACACAACACUCCUGGUUAAUGUAUAUUAAAUUGGGCUGGAAACAAAUAUCGCCUUUAUUCGGAAAAGAACAUCGAUUAAAUUUGUUUUUAGUCUGCAGCACCCAAGUUAUUUUGCAAAUAACAUUAAAUACAGCUCGCAUCUAUUCACCCCAAGUAUUUCAAGCUGAGCACGAUUAUGAAACGACAUUCAACUCAUCUGGAACAUUAUGCGAAGUAUUAUCAAUACUGAAAAAGCCAAAACUGGAAGAAGGGGAAGAAUUUGUUUGUUCAGUAAAUUUGGAAAAUAACUUUGGAGUAUACUUAAAUUCCAUUAUAAUUGGCACCGCAACACUCAUGUCAUACGGAAUGGCCGGUACUCUAAUAAAUACAUUUGGAAGGAAGAAUUUACUGAAUGUUCUAAAUAUAACUGGAAGUAUCUCCAUCAGUUGUUUAUAUUUUUCAUACAACAACAUAAUGACAUUAACUCUGUACUCGAUAUUCUUCGGUUCAGUAGGAAUAUGCUUUGACAUCAUUAUAACUAUCGUGGUAGUUUUAUUUCCCACCACACUAAGAGCAAUGGCUUUUUCUAUCAAUCUUCUACUUGGUCGUUUGCUAACAGUGGGUGGCAAUUUGAUGGUACCAUUGUUGGUAGAGCUUGGCUGCGCACCGCCUUUCUUGACUUGGGGUAGUCUCAGUUUAGUUGCGCUGCUGUUGUCCUGUCUAAUCCCUAACACCGAAAAACUGGAUAUGAAGUAACUGAACUAUGAAAUUGAUGCAAAUAAAUGACUGAUUAUAUUUUAAGGCAAAUUUGACUAGCAAAAUGUGAAUAAUUAACUGUGUUGCUAAAGUUUCCUUUUUUAUGUGCAAUAUAUUUAAUGCAAUUGUUUUUUUAAUAAAAUAUACGUUAAAAAUU